AUGGUCCCAACCAACAACCUCUCCGGCGAGGCAGGCUUACGACAGGCCGCGCAAGCAUUGAUCUACGAGAUCCGAAAUCUCAAGCGCUGGCCCGCCGACGCGCCGGCCACGGCCGACAGCUGCUGGGCCGACGUGAGCCAGCGCUGGCUGCCGCGCCUGAACGGCGUCCUGGACGCGCUCGAGAGCAUCCCGCCGGCGGCGCCCGUCGAACGGAAGCCGAACGCACCACCUCCGGCACCCACCGACUGCCUCUCGCUCGCGGAGCUCCAGGCGCUCUACGGCUGCCUGGAACUGGUGGCGGCGUGGGGCGUCGCGCCGCUCGCGGGGCCCGGCGUGCGGUCGACGGCGCAGCGCGGCAUCGUACGAGGCGCGGCGCUGCCGGACGUCGCGCGCAAGUGGGGCGCGCGCGCGGCCAAGCUCGCCGCGUCCCAGCCAUUGGACGAGGCCGAGAGGCGCCGGCGACUGGAAGCGUGCGCUAUCUCACUAGAGCGCGUCGUCGCCGCGCCGCCCCUCGCCACAGUUUCACAACGCUUCGUCGCGGACGCCGUCGCUGCCCGGUUAGCGUCACAGUCAGAAACGAGUUAUGACGCGUGGCCGACGCCGUGGCUCGCGCGCGCCGCCCGCGAAUUACUCGGAGGCACGCUGAACGACGACGGCUCCGUGACGCCGCCGCCCCCGUAUUUAUCAAAGCGCAUGGGCCGGCUCCUCGGCAGCGUGGCCGCGCGGUCGGUCGACGCGGUCCUCGCGGAGUUCGCGGGGCCCGACGAGCUCUCCGCGCGCACGAACGCCGACGCGGGGGCCGUGGAGCGGCGCGUCGCCGCGGCGCUGGCGGCGCGGCCGGCUGAUAUUGAAGAGCGCGACGUUUACGUGAGGAGCGUCGCGCCGCAGUUGUACGACGUGGCCGCGCGCGGCGCGAUUCAAGAUGGAGACGCGACGGCCUCGUCGCACGCGACCAUCGCGCGGGCGGCGCUCGCUCGAUUAUCUGAUGAUGAGGCGACGUGGCCCGCGCUGCGCUCUAGUAUCGCGCUGGGCGCGGGCGAGGCGGAAGUGGCCUCAACCCUAGCGAAGCUCGCGGCCGUAAGCAGGGCGGCCCACCCGCGGCUCUGCGCUUGUUUAAAAACGGACGCGAUUCUGAGGUGGCUCGCGGGGCUCGCGGCCUUCGCCACAAAGUCGAAGCGCAGCGCCUACGCGACGGACGCGCGGAGUGCGCUGAAGGCCUUAGUGGAGGACGACGGCGCCGCCUUCGUCCGGGCCUUCCUCGAUGGUGGCAAGGGCGCCUUCGCUUCCGGCGGAAACGGCGGCGUGCGCUUCGACGUGAGUAAAGCGCCGGACGAUUGUGUCGAGGGCGCUUUGAUAGUGUUAACUGAUCUGGCGGCGCCGGCCCUGGCGGGCGCGGUCUUCGCCGCGUUGCUCGAGGAUUUCCUGCGGGCGCAGCGGGAUGAUGCCAUGCCGGACUUUGAUAAGUUGCGCUUCGUCGCCGCGCUCGCGGAGAAGCUCGAUGGAGGCACGAUGGAGGUCUCGGGCUCAGCUUUGUUGCGGACGCUCAAGGCCGUGUUGGAUGACGCAUCACAAGCGUUGCAACGCGGCGAGGAGGACGCCGACGAGGCCGGGCUCGAAAGAGUCGCUCUGGGCGCUGUGCUGGGCAUCCUCGAGCUCGGCGCCGCGAAGCGAGCCGACGACGAGGAAGCCGCGCUGAAAGCUUUAUUAGAACCGCUCGAGGCCCUGUCCUCGCCGACGCGCCGGGCGGCGUCCUUCGCGCAGCUCGCCGUCGACUGCCGGGCGCGCAUUUUAUGUAGAGGCAUGGCUCCCCAAAAGAGUAGUCAAGAGGAGGAAGACACGCUGCUGGCGGCCGAGAAGUCAUUGAAAGAUCCGCAUCCCGCGGAGCGCGCGCACGGUGUUGUUUCGUUAACCAAGCUCGCUAGGGCUUUCGUAUCAAAGCGGGACGCGCGGAACGCAGCGAAGAUCGUCGAGGUCGACGAAGAACAGGAGGUUUUAGACUGGCGGCCGCUCGCGCGCGUCUGCGUGAAAGCGCUGGGCGACGACGAGUCCUACGUCUUCCUCGCGGCGGCGCACGCCUUAUCGGCGGUCGCCGACGUGAUACCUGGUGAGGUCAUGCCCUAUUUACUAGAGCAGUUCGAGACCGAAAAGCGCGAGAAAACCAGAAGACGCCUCGGCGAGGCCCUCGUGCUGUCCGUGCGGCGGCGGGGCGAGGCGGCGCCGGCCUACGCCCAGAAACUAGGGAGGGCCUUCGCCGCGGGCGCCGCAAACGACAGGGCGGAGCGCGACCGCCUCGCGUGCCUUUCUUGCUUAUCGGAGCUCGCGCCGCUCUGCCGCGACGUCGAUGGCUGGGGUCUAGAUGCAUUGGAUCUAGCUAUGGCGGGCCUGGACGGGCGCGACGACGUUACAAAGCGCGGCGCGGCCUUUUUAGGGGCGGCCCUCGUGACCGGCGCGUUCCUCGACGCUUAUCCAAAGGAAACGGCCAAGCUCUGCAAGCGGCUCAAGAGUGGUGUGGAAGAUAAGGAUGAGGUCGUGGCGGGGCACUGCGUGCGGGCCAUGGAAGCAUUGGAUGGGCUGCUGGGCGAGCGGCUCACGCUCCCCGAGGACGCGGGGAAGUCCGACCUGCAUCGCAUCGUCGGGGGCAUCGGGAAGGCGUCCGUGGUCGAUGACCUUAAGUUGUAG